UCUUCUCCUUCUCCCUUUGCAGAACGUCCCGUCGCACUAAUAAUUCGUGAGUACGUUGCGGUGAUGUUGAGCAUUCCACCUGCCAACAGCAACCGGGCACAUCCCCCCACCUGGUGGUACCGGCAGGAAAAGUGGCCGCACGCCUUGCAAUCCCAGCAUUUCUGUGUUGGUUGUGGCCGUGAACGGGGCUCAAGUCCAAGGGCACGCGAGGGAGAGAGAGAGAGAGAGAGAGAAAGAGAGGGAGAGAGAUAGAUAGAUAGAGAGAGAGAGAGACAGAGAUAGAGAGACAUAGGUGGCAAGAAGAGGGAGACAGAUAAGGAAAGAGUAAAAGAGAGAAAGCCAUCGAGUGCUACGACAGUCUAUCUUGCGUGAGAGAUCCGCCACGUCUUGUCGUCGAUCUACCCUGGUUCCAUCAGCCAACCGUCCCAGUCAACGACACUCGACCAAGAACUGAUUCACAAGUGCCAGCCAUUGCCUUAACACUGUUGAAGAUCGCGAAACAGGUGGAGCGGCACGAUGACAAGACUCAUCACGGCGUUGCUGGUGCUGCAGGCUAUGGCGAGGUUGGGUCGCGUGGCGGCGGCGGCGGAGUCGACGCACGCGGCUGACCAGCAGCAGCCAGCCCCUUCCGCGGUGCCGUCGGGGCUUUCUGGGCCAGAUUACACGGGGCCAUCCGCCGGUUCCGACGAGUGCGACCCAGAAAUGGUGGGCUUCGAGCUGGUGACCGGCUACGUGUUCACUGCGCCCACGAACAUGCUCGAGUCCAUACCUGGUACGCUGAUGCUCACCGAUUGCUUGGAGACCUGUCAAGCGAACGAUUCCUGCCAGGCGGUCAACUACGAGACCGGCCUGUGCGUUCUAUUCAGCUCGAACGCCGACAGCAACCCAGGUGCUCUCUCGCAGUCCCAGUUUCCAGUAUUCACGAUUUACGCUCAGAAGAGCUGCUUGGCUGUGAAACCAUGCGAGCGUGCCUGGUGCAUCGACAGGGUCCAGGGGCAUCGUCUUCAGGGGCACACGCGCAGAACAAUGAACGCCUCCUCGCGGCAACACUGUCUGGAGCUCUGUUUAGGCGAGAGAGACUUCCUGUGCCGGUCUGCCAACUACGCGAACUCGACGAAACAAUGCGAACUCUCGGACAUGGACCGGUUAACCGUCGCCGGGUCGAGCGCUUUCCAAUCUGCUAAAGGUUUCGAUUAUCUGGAAAACCACUGCGUGGACGAGCCGGUGAAACUUUGCGAAUUUAAGAAACUAUCCGGCCGUAUCUUGAAAACUGUGGACUCUGUGUACCAGGACGUUGGCAGCUCCGAGGAAUGCCGGGAGCUUUGCUUGAAUUCGCCGUUCCGUUGCCAUUCUUACGACUACGGCGACACCGGCGACAUGGUGUGCCGUCUUAGCCAUCAUUCCAGAGCUACCCUGUCGGACAUUCAGGAGCCUUAUCUCGACGUGCCAGAGGGCUCGACCUACGAACUGAGCUCGUGCUACAACGUGACGAUCGAUUGCCGGGCCGGUGACAUGGUGACGAGAAUCCAAACGAGCAAAUUGUUCUACGGCAAGGUGUACGUGAAAGGCUCGCCGAAUUCGUGCGUGCAAGACGUGAAGGGCGCGCUGGAGUUCGAGCUGCGAAUGGCUUACGACGAUUUGGAGUGCAACAUCAGGCAACAGGGUUUGGGCCGUUACUUAAACGACGUGGUGAUCCAGCACCACGACACCAUUGUCACCAGCUCGGAUCUCGGGCUGGCCGUCACCUGCCAGUACGAUCUCACCAACAAAACAGUAUCGAACGAGGUGGAUCUUGGCGUGCACGGUGACAUAACGCCCGCGUUGUCCGAGGAAGUGAUCGUCGACUCGCCGAACGUCGCCAUGAAGAUCACCGAUCGCAGCGGAAACGAAGCGAUCCCGUCAGCCGAAGUCGGCGAUCCCCUGGCGCUCAAGUUCGAGAUCCUCGACCCUAACAGCCCGUACGAGAUCUUCGUACGCGAGCUGGUGGCUAUGGACGGCGUGGACUCCAGCGAGAUAGUCUUAAUUGACUCGGAUGGCUGCCCCACCGAUCACGUCAUCAUGGGCCCGCUCUACAAGUCCGCUACCACCGGCAAGAUUCUGCUUUCGCACUUCGACGCCUUCAAGUUCCCGAGCUCGGAGGUGGUUCAAUUCCGCGCGUUGGUGACACCGUGCAUGCCGACUUGCGAGCCGGUGCAGUGCGAUCAGGAGGAAGCGACCGGCGAGCUCCGUUCCGUCAUUUCCUUUGGCAAACGUCGCCGUCGCCGCGCCACCGACACAUCGUCCCACAACCGCGAGGAUCUCCUUCUGGUGCAGUCGAUUCAGAUCACGGACAAGUUCGGGUUCGAGCACGACGGCAAGACGUCGAACGCCAGCUCGGCGACCAGGGACACGGUGUUCGUAGAGAGCGAGGACAUCACGUCGACGAUGGGCAUGUGCAUCAACCUCGGCGAGGCGAUCGUCGCUGGCACCGUGUUCCUCGUCGCCCAGAUCGCCAUCAUCGCCGCGUGGACCUUCACCUGGCAGAGACGCCGCCAGAUGCUAAAGCAUCAGGAAGCUCUCUCGGUCUCGGUUUCCGUUCCUGGAAUGCAUUCCGUUCCGGGACGCACCGACAGCCUCUGUAAGUUGUACGACACCGGAUAUUCGCCGCGCCGUUUUUGAAUAGCCUUCGUUUCCUGCGCUGCCGUCCUUCAAUCUCUUGGUCUUCCUCCGCUGCCGACGUCGCCAACCUCCACGACACUUCCCAGAGAAAUCCUUUCGUCGAGCAGAAGAAGAGUAAUCUUCUUCGUUUCUCGAACGUUAUUUCCCGGUUUCUGCCACAUGAUGCAGAGUCUCGCAAAGUAAUUCGUCUCCGUUUCUUGCGCGAAACACUCGGCAAAGAAAGUAAUGUCACGCGUAAUUUUUUUCUAGAAAUUAACAUUGAGAAUUUCGUGGUAUAUUGAAGAGAAUCUCUGGGAGUGCUGGAGCAAUCCAAUUGACAAUGUUAACUACUGGCGCAGCAGAUUCGUUGCCUUGUAAUCGGGAUCCGUGCAAAUUCUAGAGUAUUCGGUGUGGCUUCGAAUCGAUACACCCGGGCAGAUAGAAGAAUUUUUAUUUCUUUUUUUUUUUCUUUUGUUUUUUGUUUUUUUUUUUGGAAGAAUCAGACAUCCAGACGAAAACCUGCCCGUCUGAUCGACGACACUAUCGUGCUCUCUAUCAUGUAAGAAUUAUACUUCUCCCCUGCUAUUCCCCCGAGGAUAAACGAUCGAUGCUCGAUAAAAAAAAACCCCCCGUUUUUUUAAUUAUAUCGCGUUUCGUCAACGUCGAAAAAUCGAACAAAAAAAUCACGGCUGAAAUUUCAAUCAACCAGGCCUGGCCUUCCACGAUCGCUGAUCUCUUCUUUGGAGGGAACCUUCUCACGCGACACGCGGAACUAAACACACGCGACAAAAUCCAGUCUAAGAAGCCAGUUUGAAAAAUAAAACACUUGCACACGUAUGAUUUGCAAUAAUCUUGCUUGAGAGUAACAAACUCCUUUCAGAGGAAAUCACGGGUUGAAACAAAAGCUGGCGAAAAUAGUUUAACGAACAAUUCAGAGUGAGGAGGGGCGUGGGGGUGGGAGGGGGGAUUGAUUAUACGGUGGCAGUCGGAAGGGAUUACGCGAUCAAAGGAGGCCGCCUCGAUCGAUUAUCCCGUGGCAGCUUCGUCAUCUUUCAUUCAUAACCGCGCAUAAUCUGCCCUGAUGUCUUCUUGCGACAUUUCCUCCCCCCUCCCCUGUGUUCCAUCCACCCCGUACUUCCUCGUACUUCUUUUCAUCUCGUCGUGCGUGAAACGCGAGAGACAGGAUAAAGCGGAAUAAGCCGAAGCGGGGCCGAGGCGUGGUUGGACUCGAAGGUGAUGGAGGUCGACGUGUACUCGGCUGCGUCGGCCAGGACGGCACCGGUGCGGACUCUAAUUAGCAUUGGGAAUCGAGCAUGAUUAUGCAGAUGCUCCGAGUGGGAUAUCAACAGGAGGGUAGGGCCGAGGGAUGGGGAGGUGGGGGAGGGUCGGAGGGUGGUGGUUGAAACGGAACAACUGGAAACAGUAGGAGACAGCGGUAGGAACUAGCGGCGGAUGGUUGAGUGGGGGAUGCAACGCGCGUCAAGGGGCUGGCGGAAGGUUAAUUGCCUCUUGUGGCGUCUCGGGGUUAAGCUAAGCUUGGUCGGGGUUAGACGAGAAUUCGGGAGCAAGAAGGAAGCCGGUGGAACGAGACAGCGAACGACGUUGGGAUCGCGUCAAGGAUAGAUGCUACGUGGGGCAAUAGAGGCCAGGAUCGUAUAACCCUUCCGUACCCUUUCCGAUUUAACCGUAACGUGGCCAGAUUUCGGCCAUCCGUGUCGAUGUCAGGUUAAUUUACAUCCGCGACACGUGAGCUUAUCAAUCUGGCCCGGAUCCGACGCGCUCCGAUGGCUACGAGUUACGUCCAAUCAACGGGACGAGUCUUUGAUGUCGGCCGUAAGUGCAGACAGAGAGUAGUUCGCUCGUUGUUUCUUCCUCGGUUGCAGUGGUUGCGUAAACAAAGUUAUUAAUAUCGCGAUGAGAGAUCCUCCCCGGGAGGGGUGAACGAACUUUUAUACCGCGUUUUAAAAUAGUUUCGAACUUAUUAUCCAAGAAAUAUGCGCGCACCGGGCAGAGAGUCGAUUCCAACCGAGUAGCCUGGACUUUCUGUUGAAGUAUUCGAACUGGUUAUUAUCGCGGAUAUAUGCUCCGGUGAAAAUUUCGGCAACUGGUGUUACCGCGGUGGUCGCGCGGACGAACGCGGUUUACGUCGAGUCAAGUUAUUUCGAAGCGUUUUCGCUAGCUACAGCGCGGAUCCGAGCUCGGCCGGAGGAAAGUUACAGAACGGCGAGUCGAUCUUAACUUCGAAAGGUAGAUCCAAACGUGCAAACGGUUGUCGGUACAAUGUACUGGCCGAGGAGAGACGGUUCGGAUCGGAUCGGUUGUACCUCGCGGAGAAUUGCUGUUUAACAUAACAAGCCUUGGGACGGAACUUGCUGCCAAAACUGUAGUAGCCGGUCUCGAAGUUUCGUUCGGCGGAAGGAGAAAUUCUACCAACGAGAUCUAGCGAGCGAGGGUAAAACAGAGGGGAUCUAUGACAGAGGAUUCGGCGAUGGAUAGAAGGGAGGGACGCGCGCGCGAUACGUCGGAUAAAUUUAAAUCGGUUAGCCGCCGCUUGCCGCUGGGACUUUAUCGAUUUCAACGGAGCACAAAGGCGCCGGGAUGGGAUCGAGUUAAUUGAGAAACUUGAAAAUUUGAAUACGCUCGUCAAGACAAAUGGAGAGGGUGGAAAGAGAGAAGAUAAAGACGGGCGAAGUGCGAGUGGUUCCCGAUUAGUAUGGAACGUUUGCGUUUUAGUUAACCGAACUUGGGAUCGUUCCUCUGUUCGACAUUUGUCUAUCGACGGCGACGAACUUGCCGCGGACCAUCUGGCGCAGUUUCUCUCUGUUCGUCCGCGUGUCUCUCUUGCUCUCUUCCAUUCGGUCUGCGCCUCCUUGCUUCGUGCGAAUAUUUGGAAUUCGUAACGCAGAAUGUCUCUCGUUAUUCUCGGUACGGUGAACGAAUGAUUUAUAUCCAUCUUUUAGUGAUUUCACAAGUCAGGAUUUUCAACGUGCAACGCGGCGUCGUUUUUUCUGUUUUUUUUUUAUUUUUUUAUUUUUAUUUUAUUUUUUUUUCAUUUCACCACGGUAAUCCGAGGCGCGACGCGCGAUGCUCUUGGCGGGAAAUGACAGCGAAACGGGGAGGGAGGGGAGGGAGGAAAAAUGUCAACAGUCGGAGAUAUCGAGCUUGCGUUGAAAGGACGCGCGCUUUAAUUAUUGGUACUAAUUGCCGUGGAGAUUGCUAGGCUUUCGCUCACUUUUGAUACAAUGGAAACGCGACGCUAAAUGGAAUUUCUCUUUUCAAUCGAAUGGCAUUGAUUGAAAACAUAGAAUAUGGGUGUGACGUAGUUCUCUCUCGCUAGCCAUUAGAGCACGUUAACCGGAGCUAUUGUGCGGAACGUCCGACACCGGCGUGGCACGAAACCGCGCCGCUCCUCCCGCUUCGGCUUCCUGCCCAUUUCACAUACGUAUAAAUAUCAGCAAACAUGUACACAUAUUAUACAAUUAAUAAGAUGCCAACCGACGGUGCCUACACGCGUUAUCAAUAAGCGACGCGACUUUUUUUCUGUUUUUUUUUUUCUUUUUUUCUUUCCUUUAACGAACUUUAUCUUACACUUACGAAAUAUGCUAAGGAUUUUUCGCUAACGCUGACGUAGUAUAUCCAAUUUGCUUGUGGUGAGAGGGUAGAGCCAAUUCUAUUUUUUUUUUUUUUCUUUCGUAUAAAAACCGUUCGAACAACCUAAUUGUACGAACGACGAUUGGAAUCGCGGGCCGCGAACGCGCACGCGCGAGCGUGAGUGACUCGCCGCUCGCGAUCGUUUAAAGGUAUCAUCCUAGCGCAUACGCGAGAGCAUACGAGAUGGUGCAUGAAGAAUUUCGUUCCUUCUCGCUGGAGGAGACGACCCGGAAAAAAACAGACAGAGAAAGAGAGAAAGAAAAACGAUUUAUUGCUCGCAGCAAUGCGAGGGGGUCUGAGAUUUUCUCGCGCCAUCUUGUAGAAGAAAACAGCAUUUUCAAGUAGUUCUGUAGAAUGACACCCGAGCACUUUUCAUCGACUUGAUCGAACGCGGCCCGAUCGUCGCCGAUAAGAGCGUCUUGGCCAGCCAGCAGCGCGUUUGAUUCUCAAGUCAAUGGAAACUGCAUCGUUUCUAUCGUCGAUAAGGUCACUUAUGAAGUAAUUUUCCCACUAUUAAACGCGUAUACGAUGGAAGUAAAAUCGUGCAAGCAUGUAUCGUCAUUUGAUCACGUAAUUAAGAUUAAGUUAACGCGGCCUGCGAGCGAGCAAGUUGCAGGAGCCGCGGUGAAACGAUUAAUAUUAGGCUCGAGGACGAUCGCUCUCUCGAUGAUAACGCCGAGGAACACCACUUCUGCAGCGUUAAACUCCAACCGACGUUGGGGAAGGGUGCUCGGCGCUUUCGCGCGUAAGAAGUUUGCCUUUCCCGACCUUUCCCCUUCCCACCUUCCCGCCCGUCCUCUUUUCUUUCUUCCUCCGCGCUUCCUUCGUCUCGUCCUUCUUAAUGAGCCUUAUAUUCGUAGCCUCGCCUUCUUUAUCGCGAGUGUUCACAAGUGUGCAGAGACGUCGGUGCUUGUCCUCGAGCCUGAGGUGCGCGCCUACUCCGUCGUAAGCUUGAAAAGCUCGAGUCUGUUCUGUACCUUGACAAGCGUGCAUGUUUCCCUACCUUUUCUCUCUCCUCCUCCCUCCCAUUUCCUAUCCUCACCUCACCGCACCCGAGAUUUUCCCGCUUCGAAAUGAAAAAAAAAAAAAAGAAAAUAGAAAAGAAUAAAGAAUGAGAAGAAAAAGAACGUCGGCCAAACGAUUCAUCGCGAUCACGCGAGUCACGUACAGAGCUUACCCGACGAUCGAGCGUUUUUUUUUUUUUUUUUUAUAUAAACACGCGCACCAACCAUAAUGGCUUAUUUAUUUUUUACGUUUAACGUAUACCGCCCUUCAAGAAUACUCGUAUCUUGUCACGUUUUGUCAUUGUGUUUUUUUUUCCAUUCCCUUCCCUUUUCUUUAUUAUUAUUACUUACUUUCUCUCUCUUUCUUUUUUUAAAUUUCUACUCUUGCGCGUCCAUGUCUAGCAUGUAGGCUAACCACGUUCUAGCGACGUUAAUUCGGACGCAAUGCAGCGUGCGCGCGCGUGCACACCCACGUAGUAUGUACGAUAAAGACAGACAAUAUCGGAACGAGCAUUGCGACGGAACGAAUUAAUCCGUCCAGCAUGGAACAUUCUGAUGUAAGUGUACGCGCGUUCAAUUAACUCUUCGUUAUUUUUAUCUCCAUCUAUCCCCCCUCCACUUUUUUAUACCACAAUAUCAAGACGUCACCCUUUUGGCUAAACUUCGUAUACUUCAGUACCGUAAUCACAUGUUGUACAUAGCAUAUAUGGUACAGAGAAAAUAAACUCAUUUUAUAACGAA